AUGCAGCCGACACUCUGGGCCAAUAUCUACUGGGACUCUGCCUGGCUCUACGCUGUGCAGGAACAAGCGCAUUCGGCGCUGUGUACACGGCAACUUUCGGACCAUUCUUGCCUGGCGUUAAAUUUUGGCGAAAAGCCAAUUCACGAGGGUGACAUCUCAUUGACUACAGUGAGGUUGGAAAUCCUCCAGAAAGCCUUUGCUCCAGGAACUCAGUCGCCCUCAGUUGGCUCAUCAAACAAGUCCGGACUUUUCCCCAAACAACUACAUUUGGAUGAGGAUAAAGGUGGAUCGGCUGUCGGGAACGCGGGAACUUCCCCGCGAGGUUCAGCUGUUGAAACCGCUAGCCAAUCUGGUGAUGACAAUCAGGAUGCGGUUGACUCCAGAAACCAAUGA